CAGACAACUAUUUGAUAACAUUCCUAUGGAUGAACCAUCUGCAUGCAAAGCUGACCCACAAGGCUCGACUGACCAUACCUGCAAUCUGUGCAAGGACUUGAGGAUAUGCAAGAGAUACGGCGAUGAUAUCGACUAUGCUAGAUCCCAGGACGCCAUUUUACACCCCGAUUGUGAAAAAUGCGUGAAUCACUCUGGACGGCGUCUAUGCCAGUGGUGUACGCACCUGAGACUCGAUCAUAUCGCUUUGCACGUGCUACCUGAUCUUCAACUCUAUCGUGAAGAUGGCAGUUUAAGCAGUCGAAGCAGUGGGCUUUACUUUAAUGUUGGGAGUGUGAAUGAUUUGCUCCAUCGAAGUCAGAACUGCGAUUUAUGUUACUCGUUUGUCCAGGAACUUGAGUCAGACGACGAAUAUCUGCCAGCGGAUCAGGUUGUAUUAUGUGUGAGUGCAGCGAGGGAGAGGGACGAGAGAUCCCCCGAUUUUGUGUAUGAUUUUGAAGUGUCUAUUUUCAUUGAUUCCAAUAACCUUCAUCGACCCGUCGACUAUUUUGGAUUCAAAUAUGAGCCAGAGACUGGGAAGAUAAGAUCCACACUCCGACCUGCGCCCUUGGUGGACUGGUCUCUGAUAUCCGGCUGGUUGGAGAAUAGACCGGACGAAGAUACAUUCUCUCCUAACCCGCCUGGAUUUCGCGUGAUUGAUAUUCAAAGGGGGUGUAUUGUCUCUCCUCCCUCAAAGUGCAAAUACGCCACAUUGAGCUAUGUGUGGGGAGCGAGAAAAGAGACAGACCUGGAAGCAACGAGUUCCAACAUCACCAGAAUGGAAGAGGAAGGCUUCCUACGCGGUGCCUCCAUUCCAGCGACAAUUCACGACGCGAUGAUCGCCUGUAAUCGUCUGGGAGUCCCGUAUCUCUGGGUGGACCGACUUUGCAUCUUGCAGGACGAAGGAGCCAGGGAAGAGGCGAAGAUACAAAUCAAUGCUAUGGGGGAUAUCUAUGGACGCUCACAUGUGACUCUGGUCGCUCUGGAAGGUACGAAUGCUGAUCACGGCCUGCCUGGGGUGUCGAAUAUCAACAGAGCGCAUUCGCCCCUUGUGAAAAUGCCAGGCGCGUACUUGGUCAAGCUGCGUGAGUCGUAUUCAUCGCAGGUGAGUCGCUCCACAUGGGCCACACGCGGUUGGACAUUCCAGGAGGCGUUGCUCUCUCCGCGACUCUUGCUUUUCGCUCCGUCUGGGGUCUUCUUCGAGGGUACACAUCACAAUGGUACCGUCGGUGAGAACGGCAUCAUACGUGAGAAACACCUGGAGGUUGAAAAUCCGUAUGUCUUCCUUCCGGAGAGAGAAACUUGCCGGUUCUCCUUGCCAUCUUAUCGCUUGCUUUUGCAAAGAUAUACCAAGAGAGCUCUAACGUUCGAUUCCGAUGCCUUGGACGCCAUGUCUGGAAUCCUGCAUACACAAUAUGGCACUGAUCACUACUACGGUAUCCCGUUCAGUGAAUUCAGUCGAGGGAUGUUAUGGUCGACAGAUGGGUACCAUAAUCCCAGAGUCCCACGAUACGACGAUAGUUUCCCGUCAUGGUCAUGGCUAUCGGUGAAAGGCGAAAUUGAUGUUCCAGAAUCAGAACUGCUCAAGAAUGAUGGUCUUCUUUCUCCCAUUCCGGUCUCCCUGGCCGUCUGGGCAAUACCAAGAGGCGGCUCUGGAGAGCACGUGCGCAUUAUUCGCGACAGCUCCAACGCAUGCUUAUCAGGGCUGGACAAGAAACUGAAUUUGAUGCAAUCCACGGUCGUGGCGCUGGAACGGAGGAUACCGCGUGCAUACCGACUCUCUGGUAGAAAGGAGCCGCCCUGGGAAGAUGUAACAUCUUCUCAGUCCAUCAUGGGGAACGCAUUCGCGGUCAUGAUAGCCUGGAAACACGGAUGCUUUGCCGAGAAGCCCCCUCAAGCACUAUUGGAAGAUACAACAUGGGGACGCUAUGAGAAGAUCAUUCGAUCCAAGUGGUCUUCCAUCCGGGCAAUGUCUGCUCAAGCCCACGGCAUAACAGCGAAGGGUAUCAAAGAUCGGGAUCGAAAGUUUCCUAAUGCCUUAAUCCGGCAAUCCUCUCAUCCCGGACGACUUCUAGUCUACACCCAAUUUCUUCGACUGCGACCAGAUAUGACGUCGGAUAGCCACACGGGGACGUCUUGGCUCCGAGAUGAGCGUGGUAAUACGUUCCAUUUGUUAAACGGCCACACCGACCAUGGCAAAAUAGCCGCCAUGAAGGACCGGGAUGGGGAUCUUCUCUUGGAGACCAUUGCGCUUUCAUUGGAAACGGUCACCACUGGUGAUAGUUCGAAAUCAUCCGAUGACUCCAUUCGCUGGCAAGACUCGAAAGGGGAGUGGCUUAAUCGAUUUGUGACCGAUUUUAACGGCAAUUCCCGGCGUAUGGAACUUAAUGUGAAAGUACACCUCAUGGUGCUGCAGACAUUCGAUGGGAUCAGCCGGCGUGUUGGGAUUGCAGAAGGAUACUUGAAGACAUGGAUCAGUGCAGAGCCUCGGUUUGGAACCUUUGUCCUUGAAUAAUUUAUUACCAUGCCUGAUAACUUUAGACAACAUGGUGAGAAUAUAUAGCGGUACUACCCAGUAAUUAUCUCAAUAAACAUGCCAGGUAUAUAUAAACCGAG